AUGUCAGCUCAUGAAGGUGUUAGUUGUGAUGCCUGCCAUAAAAGUAAUUUUUGUUACAAGCGCUUUAAAUGUUUAAUCUGUUUUGAUUAUGAUCUCUGUUCAACAUGUUAUGAACAAGACAAUAUAUCAAGUCAACACACAACUGAACACCCGAUGCAAUGUAUCAUCACACGACAAGAUUUUGAUUUGUAUUAUCGUGGUGAAACACACACUCUCGAGUUUCCGCAAUCGUUGACAUGUCCAUUAUGUGGUGAAAUGGGUUUAGCAUUUCCAUAUUUACAAGAUUCAUCCUCCGGAAACAAUCAUCACAAUUCACAAAAUUUAGAUUUAUUUCAACAUCUUCAAAUGAAACAUGCAAAUAAUCAACAAACACACGAUGUGAUUUGUCCAAUUUGUGCUUCGAUGAUUAAUGGUGAUUCAAAUUUUGUAACUGGAGACAUUAUUUCUCAUAUCGCAAAUGAUCAUCAGCAUUCACAAGUGAAUACACCAUCAUCGGCUGGUGGAGCACCGACAGGUUUUCUUCGACAAGCAGUACCAAGUCGAGAUUACGAUUUCGUUUUCGGUGCACGUGGUGGCUUUCGACGUGGUUCAUCAAGGAUCUUUCGUGGACGUGCAGGAAUUGGAAGAGGUGGAAAUUCGGUUAAUCCACACUUGUUAGCUGAUACUUUAUCAGGAUCAUCAUCAUCUACAAAUGGAAACGAUCCAAUCAGCGAUUUUCUUUCGCAAUUAUCCAAUGCACGACGACUUACAACUUCGAACAACACUGGAACGAGUACAAAUCCUUCAUUAUCAUCAGUUUUGAAUACAAUCAAUCUUCAAAGUAUCACUCGUCAACAAUAUGAACGCGAACGCGAACGUUUACGUGCAGCAACUCGUUCACAACAAUCGACAUUAAGUCGAGUCUUGUCUGCUGAUACUGAUAUAUUUGAUUCACUUUUCGAAUCAAAUUUGAAUGAUCAAACAUGGACACAUAUUAAUGCUCCAUCGCAAACAACACCUGACCAAUCAUCACAACCUCCACCUCCCUCCUCUUCCACUAGUUCAAAUACAGAUCCAUCGUUGUUACGUCGUUUGUGUAAUGAAUCUUCAACUUCUUCUAACCAACCAAAUGAAAAAUCGUCGAAAGCGAAAAGUGAUUUUGUACAAAAUUUACUUUUGUCUAGUUUUAUUGAUUCAAUUAAUAAUCAGCCUACUGAAUAA